AUGGGCAAAGCAACCGCAUCAGUAUUUCUGCGAGCCGGAGCUAAAGUGGUCCUUGCUGAUUUAAAAGCGGAGGGUGCGCAGACAGCAGAGGAACUCUCCGCCCUUGGAGAUAUUCGUUUUGUGCAAACCAACGUCUCCAAGUCAGACGAUGUUCAGAAUCUCAUUUCGGAGACUGUCAAGGCCUUUGGAAGACUUGAUGUGGCGGUCAACAAUGCCGCCAUGAAUCCGGACAAGACUCCAUUGGUAGAUUUCGACGAGGAGUAUUGGAAAAAAGUGCUCGACGUGAACCUGACGGGCACCGCAUUAUGUUGCAAGUACGAGAUGCAGCAGAUGCUGAAGCAGAAAUCCAAGGGUUCUAUAGUCAACAUCGCUUCCGUCAACGCGUACAUGACGCAGCCGCUCAUGCCGGCAUACACAGCAAGCAAGCAUGCGUUGUUGGGGUUGACCAAGCACGCUGCAACGGAGGGAGGCCCGGCAGGCAUUCGAGUUAACGCUGUUGCACCAGGGGCGAUCUAUAGCGAGAUGUCUGCAAGGGCAUUGAAGAUCAUUGGCGCCACGCCCGAGGAAUUCGCACCCAAGAUUAGCAGCUUAAAUCGCUUUGGAGAACCGCACGAGGUGGCCCAAGGGUCGCUUUGGCUUGCUUCGGAUAGCUCAUCGUACGUGAACGGUAUUUGUUUGCCCAUUGAGGGAGGUUGUAUGUCGAAAUGGUAG